UGUUGUUGCCUCCUCCUGAAAAGAAAGAAAAAAAAAGAAAGAAAGUUUUAAAAAAAGAGUUACAAUAGGCACCUCUUUCUGUAAUGGGUCACAUUAUGAACCUUUGUUGUACCUCUGUGGGCAGGCAUAUUCUGGGCUCACAGGGCGCACUCUUUGAUGGAGCAUGAUCCAUCAGUGGGGAGUGAAAUGAGACUGCUUCACCAGGGGCACUAGGACUAGCAGGCAAGAUGGUCAGCAUGGAGGAAACUGGAGAGAAACCUUAGGAACAUCUUCAAAUACACAGCUUGAGGAGCUGCCCAGCAGGCAGGUAAAUACAAAUGCUUCCCAGAUUAUGUAUUUCUCAAUUUACAACUCCUAGACCUCAAUUUGGAGUGGAACAAAGAAAACUCUUAGCUAUUCUGUGCUUUGGUAGGAACCCCUGUGAUCACACUGAGCUUGGCUGUUGCAAGUGGUAGUUCCAUCACCUGGCCAGCAGACGGUCUGCAAGAGCUGGACUGGAUGUACUUGGAUUUUCUGUUGUGUGAAUUCUGCAGAACUGUUCCAUGCCCUUAGAAACGCAUACUACGCUGUAAAGAAAGGAUCUAAAUGUGACCCAGGACCAACAUAUGUCUUUAUCACAAUGCUCUUUUUUGUUGGAACAAAUAACAAUACAUCUGGGCAGAAGAUUUUAGUCUUCUCUAAACCUAAGCACUAGCUCAUUUUUAAUUUUUUUUCAAACUCAUCAGUUAAACAAACCUAGCUGGGCACAAGGAGAAAAAUGUCCUUGAGCCUAUAACAUACAGCAACAUCUCCUGCAUUUUGCCAGAGAUAUAACACCAAAAAAGGUCAUUUUUACAGGCUUGACAGCAAGGCUAUCGUAAAGAUGACAAUGAACUUUGGGAGCGUUCAUUCAACUAUCUCCAAAACUGGGGGAAAGAUGUUCCCAGAAGGGCAGCUGUGCCCUGAAGGACUGGUUCAGAGUGCCUGAACAGAAUUUCCUGAUGACGGCUGGUAGUGCCAUAAUUCCUAGCUCUGUCACAGAGGAGCAGUUUGAGGAAUAGAACACUAUGGCCUCAAAGCAGGCCUCUCUGGAUUUUCAGAGGUUCUCUACCUCCUUUGUAGGGUGUACAGUGUCCCUCUGCUCUGAAUCUCCUCUCUUGGCUUUUUCCCUCAUCCUCCUCAAAGGUAGCUCUGCCCCUGCUUUUUCUGAUCACUCAGUUGCUUUGAAUACUCUGCGCUUUCGAGAGAUUUAACUUCCAGUGGUUUCCUCACCAGUAAUUUCUUCUGGCCUUUUUGUGUUACUUCAGUGUCUCCUUCUUUGGGUUCUGUCCUUUGUGGACACUUGCUAGAGUGUCAUCCACAUUUCUCAUCCCCUCAUUUUGUAAUGUUACUCAGGAUCUGCGUUAGUUGAUGUUCUUUGCUUUCUAUCUUCUUCAUCUCCAGGCCAAGGCAGGUGUAUUCAAGAACAUGGUGGGAAGGAGACUGGAAUCAGUAAAGUUAGCAGGUGGUCUCCUUAUCUCCUGGCCUGUUUCACACCUCUUCAAGAUCCUUCCAGACAUACCCUAUGGAAAGUGACCUUGCUCAGAGGGAUAGUUUCUGCUACAGCUUUACCGUAAUCUUCAUUUAUGCCUUGGGCUAAGAAAUAUCAAAUUAUUUCUCAGCUUUUUUUCUGACUGGAUUUUCCUGUUCUUCCUGUAUAUUCUCUCUGUAGAACUACAUGGAGCUACCGGUUGCUAAGAAGUCCUGUGACAGCAUGUUCCCUGGGCUGUUUAGCACUGUUUAGAUGAAUUGUCUGGUGACCGCAAAUGGCAGAAUUUCACCUUAGUUCGUCUACAACAGCAGCAGAAGUAUGUCCCUUGCCUUAACACAUUCCCAGCAAACCCACCAGAAUUCAACCAUAAUAUCUAGGGUUCGUCUGGGAUUAGGGAUGGAUGCUGCCACAUUAUUUUUUUGUGAGUGGGCAACGUUCUGAUGCAGCACUCACCUCUUACAGUAGGUAAGAAGUACCAAUCCCAAAUAGCAGAGCCUCUCUUAUGCACCAUAAAUCAUACACUAGCAGUACAGAGGACUGCACAUCCAAUAAAUGUAUAAAUAGCAACAAAAAUAAAUGAUGUGGUGAUUUCUAAAUCUUAAAAAUCUCUAAAAGGUCACAAAUGUUAGUAGAAGCUUCCAUUGACAUGGCAAAGCAGACAUCAGCAAGUUAGCGUGUGAUUUCUGCAAGCUAACCGUUACGCUGAGAUAGCUGAUGCUUGUCUGAUAGCAAUGACUUCCUCCUCGCCGGCGCACCGUUUUUGCUUUUGGGAUGAAUUCGUAACGCCCUAUUUACCUGGAAUCUCAGUGUACAUUCCAGGUACGGCUGUUUGCACAAUGACAGAAGAAACGGCCUGUUCAGACAGAAGAAACAAAAUAGCUGUGGUCACUUGUCUGAAGAGCUCUGCUUUCCAGGAAUUCCUCCACUCCUUCCCUCUAGGAGAGCACACAGACACCCUGUCAGACCGACCCAAUGUUUACUAUUGGAAGACGAGAUACAUAAGAGUGCCUGCUUUCUGCUGCUCAUUGUUAUCACAUAGAUACUUUUAUUUAUUAAUAUUAUUGGUGACAGUAGAAUAGACGGUUUAUUUACUCCCAGCGGGCCGCCACCGGCCCGCCCACACGCCGCGGCAGCGCCUCGGGCCGCCAACAAAAUGGCGGCGCAGCGCUCUCUGCCCUCAGUAAAGAUGGCGGCGCAGCGCUCUCUGCCUGCUGUAAAGAUGGCGGCGCCGCGCGGAGUGGGCGGCGGCCAUCCGAGGUGCGAGUGUCCUUUGUCCCCAGCCCGCUCCGGAGGCGGAGAUUGGCGGGGGCGGGGCUGGGGCCAGCGCGAGCGCGGUGCUGGGCGAGCGGCGGCCGUGCGCGGAGCCGCUGCUGUCGUCCUCAACGUCCCGGUCCGCCGCCGCCGCUCCCCCGCCCGCCAUGAGGAAGCGCAACGAGUCGGUCACGGUGGAGCAUGAGCGCGCCGCCGCCGCCGCGCCCGCGCCUCUUGACAAGGGCUGCAGCCUGAGGCACAGCCUGCGCCUGCCCGCCGCCGACACGGGCAUGAAGCGACCGCUCGGCAGGCGGCAUGGGUUCUGGUUCCGAUUGCGGAGGCUGAUCAUCUGGCUGCUGGGAGUGUACAUAGCCAUUCCAUUCCUAGUAAAACUUUGCCCUGCUAUUCAGGCGAAGCUGGUCUUCCUAAACUUUGUGAGGGUCCCGUAUUUCAUUGACUUGAAAAGACCACAAGAUCAGGGUUUAAACCACACCUGUAAUUAUUACCUUCAGCCAGAGGAGGAUGUGACCAUUGGAGUCUGGCAUACGGUCCCUGCAGCCUUAUGGAAGAAUGCCAGAGGGAAGGACCAGCUGUGGUUUGAAGAUGCUUUGGGUUCCAGCCAUCCUGUGAUCCUUUACUUGCACGGCAAUGCAGGAACAAGAGGAGGGGAUCACCGUGUGGAGCUUUAUAAGGUCCUCAGCUCCCUUGGGUACCACGUGGUCACAUUUGAUUAUCGAGGCUGGGGUGAUUCAGUAGGCAGCCCGUCGGAGAGGGGAAUGACCUACGAUGCCCUUCAUGUCUUUGACUGGAUAAAAGCAAGAAGUGGAGACAACCCUGUCUAUAUAUGGGGGCACUCCUUGGGCACAGGGGUCGCAACAAACCUCGUGAGGCGCCUUUGUGAGAGAGAAACACCCCCUGAAGCCCUGAUCCUGGAAUCUCCAUUCACCAACAUACGGGAGGAGGCACGAAGUCAUCCCUUUUCUGUGAUAUACAGAUACUUCCCAGGGUUUGACUGGUUCUUCCUUGACCCCAUCACGACAAGUGGAAUUAAAUUUGCAAAUGAUGAGAAUGUGAAGUACAUUUCCUGCUCCCUGCUCAUCCUUCAUGCUGAGGAUGACCCGGUGGUACCGUUUCAUCUGGGAAAGAAGCUUUACAACAUUGCUGCGACGUCGCGGAGUUUCCGAGACUACAAGGUGCAGUUUGUCCCGUUCCACACAGACCUCGGCUACCGGCACAAGUACAUCUACAGGAGCCCAGAGCUACCUCGAAUACUGCGGGAAUUCCUGGGAAUACCUGAACAAGAGCAUCAUCACUGAAGAAUGGCUGCUUGGCAGCGCAGAGGUUUCCUUUCUUUUCUUCCUCUCUCCUCAUUUUCCUCCCCUCUCCCUGUGGGCCAGUCUGCCAUCCUUCCAUCCCUGGCAAUAGAGGAGAUCAGGAGUUCCCACUCUGGUCCUGAUGCGUACCCUUGGCAGCCCCAGCUCCUGCCAUCAGCACCUGUGAUGGUAGGAGGAGGAUGGGGUUGGCUUCUUUUUUUGACGUGGACGGAGGGGCGACGACAACCCAGGAGCUGGUACCAAACAGUGAACAAGUAAGCACAACAGAGCCUGGCCAAUCCAGAGUGGUACUGCUGAGGACAGACAUACCUUGGAUGUGUGUCAUGACCAAGGGUGUUUCUUUCACUUUCAAACACUGCUGCUGGUUUUUGGAUCAUGUAGAGACUUCUUUUGUUGGCAAAUGGCUUUUGCAGUGUCUCCAUACCACAGCUGUCUUGCUUGAGUUUGAGGUGUUUUCUUUCUAAGAAAUACAUGUUUUGCCUUCCCUUCUUGCUAAGUAGCUGUAAUUACAAAUCCACUAAAGAUCCAGGUGGUGAGAGGCAUUUUUGUUUAGCUCUUGAGUCACAGUGUGUUGCAAGUGUUGGGCUAAUUGCACACAUUUUGGUAAUAAAGUGAAAGCUUUUUUUUCCCUCUUUUUAAACAUCUCUUUAAUGGAAAAGAUGGAUGCCCUUUUAUCUUCUCUGUAUGCUUUUUUUUUUUUUCCCUGAACCUUUCUGCUCCCAUCUCUAUUAUCCUCAGUGGAGCUCCUCCCCUUUUUCACAUGCACUUUUUAAUAGGAUUGAAGUGGUUGCUGUAGAUAAAUUACAAGCUUUGGGCAUUAAACUGGAAAGCAUGAGGUUAUUUUGCCUGACUUUCCUCUUCCAGGAGCAUGGGCCCAGGGUGUGGGAGUGGAUGUGUUCUGUGUUCCUCAUACAUACCUGGACAGCUGUGUGCUUUCUUGGGGGGGAAGGGCUUUUUUAUUUUCUCUUAAUUACUUUUUAAUUCCUUAGACCAAGUUUUGCAGGAUCUGUGGCUAUGCUGUUCCUCUGUAGUUAAGAGCAGGCAGUGAUACAUAGCUCUCGAUGCAAAAACAAGGCUGGGUUCCUUCCCAUCUCUCCCUCCACCUCCCUUCUACAUCCUGGGCACCACACGCCAUUCCAGCAGCUGCUUUCUCAGCUCACCUCAGUGCUGUGGGUGGAAAGAGAAGUGGGAAUGAGCCCUCUUCCAUGGAGAUACAUCCUGGGGAUGUCCUAUCACUGCUUCGGGCUACAACAGGCCUCUUUUAUGCUGCUGUUGAGCUCUGCAGGGAGAGGAGAGAGGGUCUUCUGCAGUCUUGGCAGUGUCCUGCUGGGUCCCUGUCAGGCAACAGCCAAUUCCAGGUGCUGUAGGUUAGACACUAGUGCUCAGAAGCAGAUGGUGCUGCCAGAAAGGGUCCAUUCAGGGGUGUACAGCGUAGUAGAAACUGCUCGGCAUGCAUCCAGGUUAGACCUGCAGGCUCAUACUACUUGCACAGCAGACAGUAGCUUGUUCUUGUACUGAGAUUCUUCUGCACUAACGUGGUUAUUCCUGAAGUUUCUGACCCGUGAUACUCAUAAGCUAACUGUGCCACUUAAAUUAUGUUUAAUGCACUUGUAUUUAUUGCACUGACAAGAAGAGAAACACUUACUUGGCUCUGUAGAGAGGCACCUGUACAUUCCAGCUAAUGCUGCUGCAGGCAGUGGGCUUGGGCUGCCUCCUGCCCUGGGGCAGCACAGGAACUGUGGAUGUUGGUGAUCCCAGCACCUCCAUUCUUUUUCAGAGGCCAGUGAUGAGCUUGGAAGUUAGAACUGAAAUGUUUAUCUCAAAGUGGUGUAGUUUUAAUAAAGGCAUUGAUUGCUGAUCGUUUCA